ACCCACGUGAGGUGUUUUUCAGCAGCAUGGGGGCUCCAGGAGGAAAGAUCAACAGACCAAAAACCGAAUUGGGGAAAAAGCUUUUUAAGCGGCGGCGAGUUUUGGGUCGAGAAAAAAGGAAAAAACACAGGAUCGUAGGAGCUGUGGUCGAUGAAGGGCUUAUCACCAUCCAUCAUCUGAAGAAGAGAAAGUCAAGUCCACGAGCAAACAUCACAUUGUCUGGAAAGAAGAGAAGAAAGCUGCUCAAACAACUGGGCCACAUGGAAAAGGAGAAAGCCAGUAUGGAAGUUGAAAUAGUUGGAGAAACACAGAAAAAGAAAACUGCUGUUCAAGGCAAGAAGACAAAGACGAAGAAGACGGCUGUGGCUCAGGAGGAUGUGGAAAUGGCAGAUAUGGAGUGAAGGACAUUUGGGGGCUGUUUACACAACCAUGUGUCACAAAUAUAGUGUGUGCUUAUGUAUUAUUAAUGGAAUAUGCACAAUAAACAACUGAUUUUGCAUGUAUUGUAUGAUAGUAAAUACAUUUACAUUAAGCAUUUUUCAGUACUGUAUUAUUAUUAUUAUUAUAAGCAUUAUUGCAAAUACUUGGUUGCCAACUGUGUUAUGACACACAUUUGGUUGCCAGCCCAACAUCAUUUUGCUGCUGUUUACCAUGUGGAAUUAAAGUUGUUACCAGCCCCAUUUAUACAGA